GUUUCUGGCUUCGUUUCAAGUUUUCAACAGCGUUUCCGCCAGUGUCUGCUUUCAGCUCUCUGACGAGAUAUAUGCGCGUGGACAUAAACAGAUCACUGCGCCGUCUCUUUUAACAAUCCCUUUCCCUUCCCCUUUUCCGGUCAUGCUUCGCCUUCUCUCCGCUUUCCGUACAUACAUCGCCGUCUAUCCUUCAAACUUAGCCGUAUAUCCGCCGUCUCUGUCUGUUUGUGUUAGAGAAACAAUACGUUGUCGUAAUGGAAGCCAAGCACGAACGUUCCAAGCCUAAACUCGAUCGCCGAAACGCUGUCAAGAACAUUGAAUACGACGCGUCUUCAUCUUCUUCUGUAUCGAGUUCUCCUCCUUCUGCUGCUGCUGUUGCCUCGUUCUACAUCGAUGAGUCGCCGACUCCACGGACUCGGUCUCUCGAUUUGGACCCUAAAACCAGCUUCCGUGUCAAGGGAAUCGAUGGUGAAUUCGACCUUAUAUGUCAGACUUUGGGGUUUUCUGGCCCUGAAGAUUUUGCUAUUCCUACUGCAGUCUGGGAGGCACAAAAAGCUCGCCGGUCGUCCUUCGAUAGUGGUUUGCGAUUGCGUAAUUCGGCUGGGCCGGAUUUGUUAUCUGCUCAAUUUAAAGCUAGUGUUAAAAUUGCUAAGGCUAAUGGUCGUUUUAAGGGAGAAAAUGAGGGUUUCGAGUCGAAGAUUGUUUCAGAUUUACUUCGGUUUGGGAGUGGAGCAAGGAUUAGUGAUGAAGGUAAUCUGUUUCAUGAGGAGGCAACUGGAAAUGAUAUCGGUAAUUUCAGUAAACGUGAAGGUGAGUUUUCUCAGUUGAGAAAUGGUUCGAAUUUAGCUGAGUUCGGAAGUGGAGGUGGAAUCGGGCGACAUAGAAUUAGUGUGAGAACCAUUAGGGACUCCGGCAAUGGUAUGGGUAUUAAGGGCGAGAGGCCGCCGGUUUUGGCACCGCCACCGGCUAUGUUGGGACCCCCCAUGAUUGAUAGUGUGAGCUCAACUUGGGAUAUAUUGAAGUCUUUUGCUCCUCAUGCUGUUGAAGAUUUGGAUUCUUCGAUUCGAGCUGGGGAUGCAAGCUCAUCGGAUUCAGAAGAAGGAGAUCGAGUGAGCGAAGAGAACGAAGAAGCGGAGGAGGAUGAUAAUGAUGCAAAUGAAGAGCGACAACUGAAUCUGGAGAGGAUACCGGAGAAUGAAGUUCUUUCUGAAGUUUGCUCGCCUCCGCCAAAUAAUGAUGACGAUUACAACAGCGCCGGUGAUGAUCAUGGAGAUGUUACAAGUUUCACAGUGAUGGAGCCAGAAUAUUGUAUUUCUCCAAAUGUGAAAUUCAGAAGAAGUAUUAGUUCGUGGCAAAAGGGAGAGCUUUUAGGCAGUGGAUCUUUUGGAACAGUGUAUGAAGGAUUCACCGAUGAUGGAUUAUUUUUUGCUGUAAAAGAGGUUUCUUUGCUGGACCAAGGAAGCCAAGGGAAGCAGAGCAUUUUGCAACUUGAGCAGGAGAUUUCUCUAUUAAGAAAGUUUGAACACGAGAACAUAAUUCGAUAUCUUGGAACAGACAAGGAUGAAGCAAAGCUUUACAUCUUCCUUGAGCUAGCAACAAAAGGUUCACUUGCCAAGCUUUAUCAGAAGUACCGUUUAAGGGAUUCCCAAGUCUCUGCGUACACAAGACAAAUUUUAAGUGGUUUAAGAUAUCUUCAUGACCAGGAUGUGGUUCAUAGGGAUAUCAAAUGUGCCAAUAUUCUAGUGGAUGCAAAUGGAUCUGUAAAGCUUGCAGAUUUUGGGUUGGCAAAGGCAACUAAAUUAAAUGAUAUUAAAUCUUCCAAAGGGACUGCAUAUUGGAUGGCCCCAGAAGUUGUUAAUUUAAGGAAUCGUGGGUAUGGACUCGCAGCUGAUAUAUGGAGCCUUGGAUGUACUGUGUUGGAGAUGUUAACCGGUCAACCACCAUACUCUCACUUGGAAGGCAUGCAAGCAUUGUUCAGAAUUGGCAGGGGUGAACCUCCUCCCGUACCUAAGUCGCUAUCAGAAGACGCUCAGGAUUUCAUCUUUAAAUGCCUACAAGUCAAUUCAAAUGAUCGUCCAACGGCAACACAGCUGUUGAGUCAUCCAUUUGUGAAGAGACCGCAUCAAACCUUCUUGAGCCCUUAUUCUCCUCGUUACAGCAGCUAAGAGACAAGAAAAUUUUUUACCGAUGGCUAAAGAACAUAUGUCUUGAUGAUCAGGCAAAUGAUUGAUCUUGCCAACCUCUUGUAAUGUUCCCACGGAGCAGAUGCUGAUCUCGUAAGAACCGAGGAUGCAUCUCUUUCAUAUGUGUUUCAUACUUAUUGGCCUUGAGAGCUACACAUUUUCAUGUGAGGUAUGCAAUUUCUAGAAUUGGUUCCCCUUUUCUGCAAUGGAAGUUAUAUUGAUUUUGCGGGUAAGGCCAACUGAAAAGUCUGAGACGAGCCAGCACUUACUCAUACUCACCUUUUAGACUUACUUGGGUAUUGGGCAUUUACCUGUCAAAAUGAAUUCCUUGCAAUGGAUAAUUGCAGCUCAAAUUGUAAAUAAUUAUGGUAAUUAAGAAAAGGUAAAGUCUAAUUAGUUGAUUGAUUGUACUAUAUUGACAAAAAAAUGAAAGUACACAAACUUAUUGUAUUCUUCCCUUGUAAAUAUCAUAUUUUCUUUUUGUAAAUGUUCUCUCAAUGAGAUGUACAUCUUUUUGUUCACUGCAUAAAACCUUCCAUUCACGCUGUAUAAUGUAUUGAUAUUCAGGAUUAAAGCAUUUCCUUUUCUUUUCCUCCUUACCGCCUGGAGAGUGGGUUCUCUCCCCACCUCCGGGUGGGCUUUUUGGAUUUUUCUUUUUGUUUUCUUCUCAGUUUUUCUUUUGGCAAGAUUUGUGGUUGAACUGUGAGGUCUUUUUUCUGCCUUUUCCUUUGUUUCUCUUUCUUGUUGGUAGCUUUUGGGUUUCCAUGCAGAUUUUUUUCCCAGAUCGACGGUUCUCCUCUCCAUAUAGGAUUGGUGAUUUGUUGUGGGUGAUGGCUCGUCGAGUUAUAUCUCGGAAGGCGUGGUUAGGUAGCCAAAAAGCACACCCUUUUUGCUUUUGGCUGGCGGUUUCUUCGAUCUGUGGAUAUGUCUUGAUUUGGCUGCUGGAAAUGUUUCAGAAUUGUUAUGAAGGUUCUGCAUUUGUUUCAGCCCAUUCCGUUUGGUGACGAGGCUUCCUCUUCAUUAGAUCUAGUUUUCUGUUUGACAAUAGUUUGCACGCCAUCCUUCCUUGCUCCUUGGGCCUCAGUCAGUCGAUAUAUCGCCUCCAUGGCUACUACAGUUGAUGUUCUUGGAAGCCACCGUAAAGUCUUCAUGAUGGUCGUAGUUUUCUAGAGAUAGAGAGGCGGUAAGUUUUUUGAAAGAUGCAUACCAGCUUUCAAGUCGGAUCCGGAUCCGGAUCGAGAUUGGCAGGUCUGUAAGGUAGGACUUUAUCUGUUGGGUCCCAGAGGUUUCCUUGUAUGCUAUUAUUAUUGUCGGUCUUGAGCCUUCUAACUCUAUCAAUGAUUUUUUACCCUCUAACU